AUGAGGUUGGCGGGCUGUUGUUCCUGAGUGUGCUGGAUGUAUUUGUUUAAAACGUUGCUGCUGAACUGGUGACCAACACUUUUUAGCCAAGUAACUCACUACCACGCGGUCUCUUUUCAGUCGGAUACGUUAGUGGUGGGAGCCCAGUCAUGCCGUCCAGUGCUGGACCCAGCAGCCCCGCCGCUGCACUCGCCGAGGCGCUGGAAAACUCUGCCCGACUGAUCGACAGACACCUGCAGGAUGACCGCUGCUUUCCCGACCUGUCAGAGCUUCUCAACGUCCCCUCUCACAAUAUGCCGUCCCUCUCUGGAGUGUCGGACAUGGACUAUCCCCUCCAGGGAGCAGGUUUACUGAGUGUGCCAAAUCUCCCGGAGCUCAGUGCAGUCCGCAGAGUCCCUCUACCACCAGAACUGGUGGAGCAGUUCAGCCAUAUGCAAUGUAACUGCAUGAUGGGAGUGUUUCCUGAGCUGUGUCGAGCAUGGCUUGCUAUUGACAACGACAUAUUCAUGUGGAAUUAUGAAGACGGAGGAGAUGUGGCCUAUUUUGACGGCCUUAUUGAAACUAUUCUGGCAGUCGGUCUUGUAAAACCUAAACAAGGGAUUUUACAGCCACACAUUCACUACCUCUUAGUUUUGGCCACCUCUGUGGAUGUAGUGAUUCUGGGACUGAGCUUCCCUAAGGGUCAAACUGGGUUGAAUGACAGCAUGUCUGGUGGGAUGCAGCUGCUUCCAGACCCGCUCUUCUCCAUCCCAACAGACAACACCUACAUCCAGUCCAUUACUUCUACAGACCUGGGUCGCAUCUUUAUGGCAGGAAAGGAUGGCUGUCUCUAUGAGAUAGCUUACCAGGCUGAAGCAGGCUGGUUGAGCCAGCGUUGCAGAAAAAUCAACCACUCCAAAAGCUCACUAUCCUUCCUCGUCCCCUCUGUGCUCCAGUUCUCCUUCUCUGAAGACGACCCCAUUAUGCAGAUUGCUGUCGACAACUCCCGAAACAUACUGUACACACGCUCAGAGAAAGAUGUCCUGCAGGUGUAUGAUCUGGGUGCUGAUGGGCAGGGUAUUGGUCGUGUGGCAACAAUGUCGCAGAGCACCAUUGUUGCAGCUGCUGGAAACAUUGCCAGGACAAUUGAUCGUUCUGUCUUCAAACCCAUUGUCCAGAUCUCUGUGAUUGACAGAUCUGAGUCCUCAGACUGUCACCUGCUCGCUGUCACACAUGCAGGUGUGCGUCUCUACUUUAGUACUACACCUUUUGCCCCGCCACACCAGAAGCAUAUGGCUGUUCGACCGAGCCUGCUAGCUUUGGUUCAUGUCCGUUUGCCACCAGGGUUUUCUGCAUCUUCUACCUUGCAGAAACCUGCAAAGGUCCACAAGGCACUACACAGCAAAGGUGUUCUGUUAAUGGCUGCUUCUGAGACUGAGGACAGUGAAGUUUUGUGGUGCAUCAACCACGACUCCUUCCCCUUCAAGAAACCCUUGAUGGAGACUCAGAUGAUGUCUAAUGUCGAUGGACACUCUUGGGCUCUUUGUGCCCUUAAUGAGGAGAAGCCAGUCAAGAUUUGGAGCCCUCUGAACAAGGACCAAAUCCCCAUCACUGAUUCACCCGUGGUGGUCCAGCAGCACAAUGUCCCUCCUCAGAAGUUUGUUCUUCUUUCUGCAAAGGGGAGUCACAUCUUCCAGAAACUGCGUCCAGUAGACCAGCUCCGUCACCUGCUGGUGAGCUGCGCUGGAGGAGAAAGUGAAGAGAUUGAACGAUUCUUCAAGCUGCACAGGGAGGAGCAGGCGUGUGGCACAUCACUGAUCCUAGCUUGUUCCACUGCAGCUUGUGACAGAGAGGUUUCACAGUGGGCCACCAGAGCCUUCUUCAGAUAUGGAGGAGAAGCACAGAUGAGAUUCCCUGCAGCCUUGACAUCUCCCAGUAAUGUAGGACCCGUGAUGAGCUCUCCAGCACCAGGCAUUGUGCCUCCAGCUUUGGCUACUCCUUUCACACCAAUGCCCUCUGGCUCUGCCCCCAUUGCACCCAUGUCAGCUGGCCCAGAGGUGAUUUUCUCAGGGAAGCACAACGGUAUCUGCAUCUACUUUGCUCGCAUUCUUGGAAAUAUAUGGGAUGGGAGCCUUGCUGUUGAGAAAAGCAUUAGCAAAGGAAAUCAGACUGUUAAUAUUUUGGAAAGCAGCGUUGGUUCAUUCGAUCUGGAGUCGGUCCUUGUGGAGCUCUGUGGUUUGCGGGAGUUUCUUGAUAAAAACUCACAGUUCAGUCCAUCCUCUCUCGGUGGUGCAAGCUUUAGCUCCCCUGCCAACCUGCAGCAAAGGCUGCUGGGAUUUAUGCGUCCUGAUGGUGCCAACUCUCAGCAGGUCCAGCAGGAGCUCCAGAGGAAAUAUCACACCAAGGCUCAGGUCUAUGAGAAGGUGUCCCUGCAGGGCAUCCAGCAGUUAGUGCAUCGCUCCUAUCAGACUCUGGCUCUCUGGAAACUUCUUUGUGAUCAUCAGUUCAGCCUCAUUAUGUCUGAACUGCCAAAGGAGUUUCAAGAGCAGAUGAAGGGAGCAAGUUUUAAGGAUGUUGUGAUCCAGGGGAAGGAGCUGUCUGGGGCACUCGUCACAGCACUCAUUAACGUCUACAUCAAAGAUAAUGCCUCUGUGGAUGCUAUCAGCAAUCACCUGCGGGACAUUUGCCCUCUGCUGUACAGCAGUGAUGAUAGCGUUUGCUCCAAGGCUAAUGAGUUGCUGCAGAGCUCGAAACAGAUCCAGAAUAAAGUGGAUAAAGAAAGAACACUGAGAGAGUCUCUACGGCUCUACCAACAGAUCAGCCAGCAUACAGACCUGCCGCUCGUCUGCUCACAGUACAGACAAGUGCGAUUCUACGAGGGGGUCCUUGAGUUGUGCCUCACAGCAGCAGACAAGAAAGAUCCACAGAGACUGGGGCCCCACUUCUACAAGAAUGGAGAGCCUGAAGAGGACCAAGUGGGACAGCAAGCCUUCCAGGAAAGACUUUCGUGUUAUAAGUGCAUCACAGACACCAUGCAGGAGCUGGUGAACCAGAGCAAAGCUGCUCCUCAGUCCCCCAGCGUACCAAAGCAGCCUGGUCCUCCUGUCAUGACAUCUGACCCUAACAUGCUCAGUAACGAAGAAGCUACAGCCCACUUUGAGCAGAUGCUCGGUCUGGCCCAGAGGUCUCAGGACGAGCUGUUUCACAUCGCUCUGUACAACUGGCUCAUUCAGGCCGACCUGACUGACAAGUUGCUAGAGGUGAAUUCUCCAUACUUAGAGGAACAUCUGAUGCACAUGAUCAAACAGGAUCAGAGUAAAGUGCACAACAUGGACCUACUGUGGCGCUACUAUGAGAAGAACCGUAACUUUGGCAAGGCAGCUCAUGUAUUGGCCCGCCUCGCUGACAUGCCCAGCACCGAGAUAUCUCUGAAGCAGCGUUUGGAGUAUAUCGCCCGAGCCAUCCUUUCUGCAAAGAGUUCUUCCUGCAUCUCAGCUCAGGCAUCAGAUGGAGAGUUCCUUCAUGAAUUGGAGGAAAAGAUGGAGCUUGUGCGCAUCCAAGUCCAGAUUCAGGAGACCCUGAUCAGACAAUACUCUAAUCAUCCCUCAGUGAAAAAUGUCAUCUCUCAGUUGGACUCAGAGCUCAUGGACAUCACCAAGCUGUAUGGGGAGUUUGCCGACCAUUUCAAAUUAUCUGAGUGCAAACUGGCCAUCAUUCACUGCGCAGGACACUCUGACCCGAUCCUAGUGCACUCUCUGUGGCAGGAAAUCAUGGAGAAAGAGCUGGGAGACACAGUGAUCAUGAGUCCAGCAGACAGGAUGAGAUCCCUCAGUUUGAAACUGGUAUCACUGGGGAAGAUUUAUGCUGGAACACCAAGAUAUUUCCCUCUAGAGUUCUUGGUGAAGUUUCUGGAGCAGGAGGUGUGUCGAUUGAACUGGGAUGUAGGCUUUGUCACCUCCACUAUGCAGGAGAUCGGGGUACAGCUGCCACGUCUUUUGGAGGUCUAUGACCAACUCUUCAAAACUCGGGAUCCCUGCUGGCAGCGGCUGAAGAAACCUCUGCACUUGGUGGAGUGUAUCCAUGUGCUUCUGUCAGGUUAUGUGGAUGACCCCAGCAGAGUACCAACCUAUGACAGGCGCCGAUUCACUAACGUGUGCCUUGAUAACAUUUGUGGAUACCUUGUGGAGCUGCAGUCUCUGAGCCCCAACGCCGCCCUUCAACAGACUAUCGGCAACUUCAAGUCGCUGCAGGCAAAGCUGGACAAACUCCACUGAUGUCGCUGAUAUCGUUCUUCAUCAGGACAACGGACAGGUGACCGUUGGAUCUUGCACUGUUGCCUUAAUUAAACAGCUGAUUAAAAGUAUGAUUACAUUAUCUGCAAGCUCAGCACAUUGAUGUUUGUACAGGCCUUUUUCACCAAACACAUUUAAACAUGUUGGAGAUGGAAAAUUCUUAAGAUAAUUGGUUUCAGGCUCACUGGGACACCUGAAUUGAGCUGAGCCAAUGCUGAUGUUCUAAGUAACACCUG